UUAAAAGGGGACGAGACGCCGCGCUUGGUGUGAUAGUUUUUAUUUUAGUUUUUAAGUUUAAAAUUAUUAAUGCCGGUGUCAAAAUUAUAUAGUAGGACACAGCAUUAUAUACGGCAUUCUCAAGAAAGUGAUUUAUUACGGAAAACAAUAGCAAACGUUUUCACUACAGGCGUCUGCAAGCACGAGUAGAAAGCGCCAAAGUAUAGUGUUGCAACUACCUCCUUAUCCUUUACAAACCUACUCAAACAGAAAUGGGACGUAGUCCAUCUCCAUCGCAUCGACGACGUGAAAAAGAGCGUUCUGAACGUAAAAAGCGUCGAGAACGGCGCUCUAGAGAACGUGAAAGGCAGCGGGAACGUGAAACAGGGGCUGGCGGUAGUCGUGCUUUGCGUAGACGUUCACAUGACAGAGGAGGUGGUGGUGGAGGGGAUCGAGACCGGACCCGCAGCCGCAGUCGGGAGCGAGACAGAGCAAGUCGUCGCCGUUCUAGAUCGCGUUCUCGCGGACACCCAUCUACUUCGGCGUCUACGUCGUCUGGGCGACGCGGCGCUGCCGCUGAACGUCCCAAAAUCACAGAAGCCGAUUUGGAAGGUAAAUCACCCGAAGAAGUAGAAAUGCUGAAAACAAUGGGAUUCUGCACUUUCGAUACCACCAAAAACAAGAAGGUUGAAGGCAACGAUGUUGGUGAAGUGCAUGUUAUCUUAAAGCGCAAGUAUCGUCAAUAUAUGAAUCGCAAAGGUGGCUUCAAUCGGCCGCUGGACUUUGUGGCAUAACACGUUGUCAAAGCGCGAACUAACGCGUGUACCCACACAAGUCUAUACACACUGGCGAUAUAUCGACGCACGCUCUUGUACUAAUGUUUUUAUUAUUACUAUAUUUUUUAGUAGUGCGUCUGCUGUAGUGCUCAGCAAUCACAUCUACAGCAGCAUGCACAAGACAAUCCUGCAAUUUUAUGCAAUAGACCGGUUUACAAAAUUCAAUUUUCAAAAUUUCCACCACACAUACCUCAUUAAUAUUUAAAAUAUUAAACUUUUUUUGUAUUGUCCUGUUUAAGUUUUCUCAUAGUUAGUAAGUAAUCUAUUAUAAAUGUGACAUGACUGCGAAGAGUUGAAAAGCUGCCCAGGAGCUGCAUCAUUUGAAACAAGUGCCAAUAUUGGCAGUAUUUAUGCUUUACGAGUUAUAGAGAGGCAUAAUUCCAAAAUAGACAUGCAUAUACAUUUUGUGCUCAUACUUAAAAAUUUAUUGUGAGUUGAUGUUAAUAUUUUGCUUGGAAAAUUAUUUUAAAAAUUUCCGAAGCAGCAAAUUCACUCUUCUCAAUUCAAUCUCGUAAAUAGAGAACAACGAGAUUUCAGUAAUUUUUUUUUUUUGAAUAUUUAAAGUAAUUAAAAUCACUUGAAACAUGAAAAUUUCAAAUGUUUUAAGGCUGAAAUGAAUUAAGGCGAAAGUACUUACGUUGUUGCCAGUUGCAUCGAUUGCUUUUAAAUAUGAUUUAUAGCAAUACAACUGAUGCAGUUAAAAAUUAUUAGUUUGAUGAAUUAUCAAAAUGUAAUUGUUACCAAUUUUUUUUUUUUAUAAAAUGGACAGAAUUUCGCUUCGUUUUGAAUAUCGCCUGAACUCUUGCACUUGAUUCAUUUUAGUUCCAUAAAGUAAAAGAAAUUUGUAAGUCUCACACAGUUGAAUUAAAAUUUUACUAAAUACUUGGUACGUUUUGGCCGUCACGAAAUUUUUUAUGUACAACAAUUACUUGAAGUAUUUGAAAAUCAUAACAAUACAAUACAACAACAAAUUCCCAUAAACUCCUAUAGAAAUACAUAAAUAUAUCCCAGCACGCAUCUCAAUGCAUAACUCCCCCUAGUAUCCUCCAUACACUGCAAUAGUACAAUUUUUUAUCAAAAUAUUUUUUUUUACAAAUAUAGAAACUAUAUAUACACAAAUAACAUAACUGACCCGAACCUUACUUAUCCUACCCAACAUAACUAGCCUUACCCCUACCCCAUACAAUUUUUUACCCAUUCACCCCUCAAAUAAACCCAAUUACAAUAGACCAAAUAUGCAAUAGCCAGGGAUUUAUAUAAUUAUUACAAAAAGAUUUGUUACAAUGGUAGUUAUUACAUACAUACACACAUACAUACUUGAAACAUGAAAAUAACUGUAAAAUAUGUAUUUAAACAUUUUUAUACAGAGUAAUAGAGUGUGAAGCUUUUUUUUACUGAAGACUACAGUUUUCAACAUUUUAUUCACAUGCAAGUGCCGUUAACAUCUAAACAAAAAAAAAACAAUAGUAAAUAAUGUUUGUAAUAAACAACAGUUAGUGAUAUAAAGAACUGAUACACGCGUUAAAAGGAAAUCGAGCGGGAAUUGAAUAGAACGCAAUGCGAGAGAUAUGCUGGUAUAAUUUUGUUUGACCUUUAAUUUGUAAAAAUGUGUAUAAGCAUUAAUUUUUCUAACAAUUAUAAUUAAAAAAUAUCAGUUUUUUGGCUUUAAUGCUUGAAACGCUAUAUUUUAAUAUAAUAAAAUUUCUUUGAGUGCAUAAUUUGAAGAAAUACCGAUAUUUCAAAACGAAAUUAUAAACAAAUAAUCCGAAAUUUCGCGAUACUUUUUAAAUUAUAUACGAAAAAUUCUUGAAUAUCCAGCAUAUCAGCCAUAACUCGUAAGCUCAAUUUUUUGAACAGCUAUUAAGAAUAAGGAAAAAACAUUUACUUUUGAAUAUACAUACAUAUAUUAACAGGAAUAUAUACAUAUAUGUAAUUGCUACAAUAGCACGUACAAUUUUUUACAUAAAAUAUAUACAUAUAUACAUAUAUGUAUAUGUAUGUAUACAGACAAGUAUGUAUGUAAAACCACAAAUCGCAAUAGUUGAGAUUUGGCAUAAACCUAAUAACGUUUUGGCUCAUCCACCCCCAUACACAUACUUACAACUUAGCUAUAGUUAAACGAAAUUGCAGGGAUUUUUUCACAUUUUUUAUUCUUUUAAUAUUAACGUUUUACUUUAAUAAAAAAGAAAAUAAUAA